CUCGCCUAUAAGUUGAUGCCUCCGCCAGUCAAACAGAUUAUACAUGAAUCAGUGAGAGCCGCAAAUCAAUUUCGGCACCAGAUGGGUUCUCAUCAUGUGGUUCUAUUUCCUUUCAUGUCAAAAGGUCACACUAUCCCAAUCCUCCACCUAGCGCAGCUCCUCCUCCGUCGCCCACACGUCGCUGUGACCUUCGUAACCACCCCAGCUAACCGGCCCUUCGUCGACAACUUUCUUGCCAACACCACUGCCUCCAUCGUAAACAUACCGUUUCCCCAAAAUGUUCCUGGAAUCGGUGCUGGCGUUGAGAGCACCGAUAAACUCCCCUCCAUGUCCCUCUAUGUGCCGUUUACCAAAGCCACCAAGCUCAUGCAGCCGGACUUCGAACGGGAGCUUGAGGCUUUGCCACGUGUUAGUUUUAUGGUCUCAGACAGCUUCCUCUGGUGGACUUUAGAAUCGGCCGAAAAGUUUGGUUUUCCAAGGUUUGCGUUUUAUGGAAUGGGAAAUUAUGCUCAGUCUGUGUCGACAUGUGCUGCUGAAAAUCGGCUUCUAACUGGGCCAGAAUCACUUGACGAUUUAAUCACAGUGACAGAUUUCCCAUGGAUUAAAAUCACAAGAAAUGACUUUGAUCCGCUUUUCAAUGAGCGAGAACCUAAGGGUCCUGCGUUUGAGUUACUGGUGGAACAAGUCAUAUCGGUAUCAAGCAGUUACGGUAUGAUUGUUAACAGCUUUUAUGAACUCGAGCCUGGGUUUGUUGAUUAUUGGAACCGUGUUCAUAAACUCAAGGCCUCUUGCGUUGGCCCCCUUUGCCUCGCGGAGCUACCAAGGAACGAGCUGCAAACACAGCAGAAACCCGCAUGGAUUCAGUGGCUAGACAAAAAAUUUGAACUUGGAAGCUCUGUUCUAUACGUAGCGUUUGGUUCUCAGGCGGAGAUAUCACCCAAGCAGCUCAAAGAAAUAGCCACAGGGUUGGAAGAGUCGAAGGUGAACUUCCUGUGGGUGCUGAGAAAAGAAGCAUUAGAGCUAGAUGGGUUUGAAGAAAGAGUUAAAGAAAGGGGACUCGUUGUUAGAGAAUGGGUAGACCAACGGGAGAUCUUAAUGCACCGAAGUGUGCAAGGAUUUCUGAGCCACUGCGGAUGGAAUUCAGUGAUGGAGAGUAUCGUUGCAGGGGUGCCGAUUCUUGCGUGGCCCAUGAUGGCUGAACAACCACUGAAUGCGAGAUUUGUUGUGGAGGAGAUAAAGAUAGGAAUAAGAGUAGAGACAAGUAACGGAUCAGUGAAAGGAUUUGUGAAGUGGGAGAGUUUAGAGAAGACAAUCAAAGAGCUGAUGGAAGGAGAGAUGGGAAAGGAGACGAGGAAUAAGGUGAAAAAGUAUUCAGAAAUGGCGAAGAACGCUGUAGAGGAGCAGAAAGGGUCGUCUUGGCCCACGUUAGAGACGAUCAUCAAUGAGACACGUAAGUAAUUAAUAUGCGGUUAAAAAAAAAACAUCUUUUCGAGGGGACGACCAGGUUUCUUACAUGUCACCAAUAAGCAAAGAUUUUGUAAUAAGCUCCGUCACUCAACCUUUAAGAAUAAAAAGGAGAAAAUCAAGGAGACAUACAAAUCAGAUUUGUAAUAAUUACAAUUGAGACUUUGAUCCGCAUCCUUCUUCAA